AUGUUAAUUUUGUGGUUAUUUAAUGCAUUAUUUCCUGCCAAGUACUUGCCAGCAUAUAAUGCAAUUAAAGAGGAGAACAAAAAUUCUACAGCCACAUUUCCGCCAGUGAGUGGAGGUGGAACCAAGCAUGCAGAGGUACAGUCACGUGAAACUAACUGGGAUCAUCGGGAGAAACGUGACCGUGACCGUGAUCGAGAAAGAGACAGGGACCGUGACCGUGACCGAGACCGUGAAAAACAGGACAGAGAUAAGAGUGGGACAUCAACGAACAGGGAAGUUCCUCAUCACCACCACCACCAUCACCACCACCACCACCACCCCAGCAACAGUGGAGGAUCUUUGGCACCGUCAUCAAAUGGCCCCCAUCACAACAAGUCAAGUUCAAAUCAAGCUCUGUCAUCUCAGUCACAUCAUCCGAAGCAGGUGUCUUCACGGAAUGAUGUUCCCAUACGACAGUCUACAUCUUCAGCACGUGAUGCAGCACGUCGUGAACAAGCCCACAGCAGGGAAAGUUCAAAGCGGGAUGUGUCUGUAAGAGGUACAAGUGAACACAAGUUCAUACAACCGUCUCGGCAUGAAACCUCAGAGACAAGAAUGCAUAAUACCUCACUACCCCAGGAGCUGCCAGUAUCGUCAGCUGGUCAUAUUAAAAAAGAACCACGUUGUAUUGAGCUGACAGCAGAGUCGGUUGUUCAAGGAAAUGAAGCGGAUGAUAUUAGAUCAUCAGUUUCUGAUAGUAAGCAUUCUAGUAACACAUCAUUAUUCGCAAACUCGUCAAAAGAUGGGAUGAUGGCUAUGUCGACAGAAAGUAAAAAUAUUCAGGCAGAACAUUCAAAAUAUACCCAGAAUACAGAUGCUAUGAGACACAGGGGUUCAAAUGAAAACAAAAACAUUCUCAAUUUGGUUCACAGUAGUGGUGAUGUACGUGUUAAGGAACUAAUGAGAGCUGCUGGUUCAGCUGAUAGUGAUUUGUCUUCAAAUAUGUGGCAAGGUCCGUCACAGAAGAGUCACAGUGAUGCAGCUUCAGAUCAGCACAAACAUCAACACAGUCACAAACAUUCUGGAUCUGAUAGCAAACAUCGUAGAUCUAAUUUCACUGAUUCACACAGCACUAUUGCUGACAUGUCAGAGCGAAGAGCAGAUGGCAGGAACAGUUCUGAAGUGUCAAAAUCCAAUAUUCUUGCUUCUCAGCCGGGAAAAAGCGAUGUGAGAACUGAGCUUAAAGGUGAUCGUAAGUUGGAAAUGCCUUGUGAAUUGAAAUAUGAUAGACUGGAAAGGUGUGAACCUAAACAGGAACAGAUACAGAAUAGAGAUGACCACAAUGAAGACACUGUAACAAUAGCACCAACUAAAAAUGUAUCUUCAAAAUCACAGCAAAGUUCUGCUUCAGUUAGUUAUAGCUCAGAGAAGUCUAGUCACAAAACUCACCACAGAUCCUCAAGUCAUACAUCUCGAGAAAAAUCAUUGUCUGGGCAACUUCAGGUACAUUCUCAUGGACAGGGUACAUCCCCAGGCAAGAGUCAGAAAUCUCUCUUAAAAGUGAAAUCGAGUGGACAUUCGUCCAGCAAUAAAGCAGAUACAUUGCAGGUACCGAGCAUUAGUGUUAGUCAUUCCUCUAGCCGAGUGGAUGUGUCAUCCGCGUCUUCUCAGGUUUCAAGUGGAAAAAAUGAUCAGUUCGCAGUUAAUGGUCUUCCUGUCGCAGUUUCUGGAGAAAGUAAAAAGAAGAGGUCUGAGAAAGAUGUGUCACCAUCAAAACUGUUACAGGUUGAACAUGAAACUGAAACAGUUAAGCAUAGUCCAUCAAAUUUGUCCACUCCCAGCAAGCAGUUAGGAGGAACCUCUCAGAAGACACACAGUUCAGAGAAAACCACACCAACAAGAGAAUCUCCGCACACGCCUCGUGUGGCGAAAUCCAAGCAGCGUACACCAUCAUCUGCAAGAAAAGUUCCUUCACAGCCACCUGAUACUACUCAGAUACAUUUUGGGUCUCCACCUCUAGUUGCCCCAAGCACUCCUGGAAAGAGUAUCUCAUCGGGAACCUCAAAUCAAAGCCAUAACCGUAACAGAACAAGUAGUUCAAGCAGUGAGCCUGAAUUAGUGCCAGUGGUUAAGAAGCUAGACGAGAUAGCAGGUUAUGAAAACAUAAUCAGAGAAGCAAAGAUGGGAAUUAAACUACCGGGUAAAGCAUCAGAGGCAACUCAGUCAGUUCGUGAAAAGAAGAAAGAUGAAAGUGGAAUGAAAGCUACAUCUAAGAGUAUGCCUGCAUCAAAGGAUGCAAAACCUACAAAUAUUGUUCGACAGUUUCCUAGUCACAUGGUGGCAGAGUCACAAAAACCAUCUAUUACUAGUGAUUUGGGAGCAAUAGCAUUUCCAUCACCAGCAGCAGAAAGUGGUAGUGGUUUCUCGGGUUCACUUAUCCAUGAACUUAAUCUUAACAAUAACAACAUGUUAGAUGUUGUAACAUUGCUCGAUGUUCCGUAUGAGAAGACUGUGACACUGACUUCAGAAGGGAACCACGUCGACACUCCUGUGACAUCUGAAGCAACUGAUGCCGAUGACUCAUUGUUAAAAAAGGUGUCGGAACAUCAUAGAAGUGACAAAAAGAAGAAAAAAGAAAAGCACAAACAUAAAGAUAAAAGAGAUGAGAAAAAACAUAAAAGUAAACACAAAAGUAAAGAUAAAGAACGCUACAAAGUGGAGCAGCCUGAAUCUAUUCCAGCAGCUGCUGUUCCGAUUAAAAUAACGAUACCAAAAGGAAAGAUACAGAGUAGUUCAUUGGAACCAGCAUCUACCAGUUCCGGAUCUGGAUCAGAACUGAAACUGAAGUUAGGGCAAAAACUGAAAAUUGCCAGAGACCAGUUGAAAAAGCUAGAUGUACCUAGUGAUCCUCCACAAACUCUGCCAAAUACCCCGUUAAAAGUGAAGAUUCCUCAAGCUGCUCCUAGUGGUCCUCUGAAGAUUAAAAUCAGUUGUAACAGUGAUAGUGGCAGUGCGACGAGUUCUUCGACUCCUGUAAAAGACAAUCGAAAACGUGAGUGGACCGCUUCCAAGUCAGAGAUGAUAAAUCAGCCGCCUCACAAAACUGCACGUGUGACGACACCAGAGUCGUCAAAAAAAUCUACGGGUAGCAAGCACAAUGGGGCCGAAUUGCGAUCCAGCAGAGGGCCUCAUAGUACUAAGGUAUGUGAUAGGGGUCAAGUUAAUCUGUCCAAUUUUGGAGACAGCGUUUCAUAUCUGUACCAUCCUUACUAUGACCAACCAUAUCAUCAUCCCCAGGGGAUUAUUCCUCAGCCUGACUACAUGUAUGGGUACUAUAGCAUGCCGUAUGACAUGCAGCAGUCCAUGCACAUGCCAAUGCUAUCAGUUCCGCCACCACCAUUGCCACCUCACCUACACUCCAUACCACCACCGCCAUUACCUCCAUUGGAACUUCGUCCACCCUCACAGCCACCAUUGCCCAAAGAUCCCCCUCCACCUGUUCCUCCACCCCCUCCUCUUCCAUCUUCACCACCUUCAUCAUAAUGUGCUAUAAAUAUUGUAUGAUACUAAUGUAAAGAGGCAUGCUUGUGUUAAAAAGUUCCUAAUCUCUUUAUGUGAAGUAAGAGUGUGAUAGUAGAUGCAUUACUAUUUGCAUGAAAUUUCUUAUUGAAAAUUCUGAAGUACAAGAAUUAAAUUACUUUCGCCCAUGUGAAAAACUGUGUGCAGUUGGAUGAAGACUGCAUGUAUCGUUUUUUAGUGAAAGGAGUGGUAUCAUUUGGAGUUGAAUAUAUUUUUAUAGCAUUGACCGUAUUGUUUUAUUUAAAGUCUAGAAAUCUGUUACAUUUGUGGAGGUGUCACCUUAGUCCUUCAGAUGUUAUCCUCAGGUUAUAAAUCAGUUUUGAUGGCAGAUAUUCUUGCAUUCUUUUUUUCCCAUGUGUCAAAUGGUAAACUUCUUUCCAUCCCUCAGCAUUCUCUAUCUCAUACACACAGAGAUAAAUAUAUACUUAUGUUCUUAGUCUUCUUUUGAUUUGUGCAAUAUUAUUAUUCUAUGAAGUUAUCAGAUACUCAAGAGUCUUUAUUUCCAGUGAAUCAUGCUAUUCAUUCUUGUUUUGUAUAUUGAAUGUUUGGAAAGUAUUUCUUUAUUGAG